GGGCAUAAGCAAUGGUUGGCGGAAGUUCAGUUUCUUGGAGUUGUUGAGCACCCAAAUCUUGUAAAACUUAUUGGAUAUUGUGCCGUAGAUGGUGAAAGAGGGAUCCAAAGAUUGUUGGUCUAUGAAUUCAUGCCUAAUAAGAGUUUAGAAGAUCAUUUGUUCAACAGGAAUUAUCCUGCCCUUUCCUGGAAUUUAAGACUGCAGAUAGCCCUGGGUGCGGCAGAAGGAUUGGCCUAUCUGCAUGAAGGGUUAGAAGUUCAGGUGAUAUAUCGGGAUUUCAAAGCAUCUAACGUGCUACUAGAUAAGGAAUUUAGGCCAAAGCUAUCAGACUUUGGCCUGGUAAGGGAAGGACCAAAGGAAGGGAACACCCAUGUCUCUACAGCGCCUGUUGGGACUUAUGGGUAUGCGGCUCCAGACUACAUUCAGACUGGUCAUCUCACAAUUGAGAGUGAUGUGUGGAGUUUUGGAGUAGUGUUGUAUGAAAUCCUUACAGGCAGGCGGACAUACGAAAGAAAUCGUCCGCAAAAUGAACAGAAGCUUUUGGAAUGGGUGAAGCAAUUUCCUGCAGACAGUAGAAAGUUUAGCAUGAUUAUGGAUCCAAGACUAAGAAAUCAGUAUUCUCUGAAAGCUGCACGUGAAGUUGCGAAGUUAGCAAACAGUUGUCUCGUGAAUAAUCGGAAAGAUCGUCCAAAGAUGAGGGAGGUUGUAGAAUGCUUGAAGCAAGCCAUUCAAAUGGAUUCAAUGAAAGAACAGGCUUCAACAUCUGGCUCGGACAAGCAGAAGAGACCUGAGUCUUCAAGAAGAAGGUGACCAUUUUGCUAGGCUGAGGGAAGGGAUGAAUAUGGUCUGUAAGAGAUUCUUUUUAUUUUUUUCCCCCUUGUGGCAGUGCAGCUGCCUAUCCUACAUCUUAAUAUGCUUCAGAGUGCAUGGAAAUAAUAAGGUGGAAUGGAUCUUAUACGAGAUUCUUUGAGUAUGUAAAUUGGAAAAUAUCAGCUUGCUUCUUUGAAUUUUACUUUUUGAUGAAUUGUUAUUAUCCUAAAAUUAGUGUGCAGUCAAGAUUGUACGAGAAAAAAAGAGUUAUGCUUUUACUAUGGGUCAAUAAAUCUUCAGUUCA